UAAUAAAAGAAACAAACAAAAGAAGCGGACACAGUACACACGACGUAAUACAUCCCACUUCCACUCACUUCCCAUUAUCUUCUUCUUCUUCAAAAUCUCAAAGCUAUAUUCUCGCCAUAGAUGGACCAGUCAUGAACGCUAAGCCACCACCACGUUCACCAUCUUCACCCUUAAACCCUCUAUCAACAUUACCAUCUUCUUCAUCUUCUGCUUCCAACCCAUUCCCCUUAGCUCACUGGGCAUCUCCCCCAACCCUCAUAACCACUCCUUCCUCUAAUCAUAUUCGUUCUUCUCGGGUUCAAGUCGCCGCCGGCCAAGCUAAACCCAUAGACAUCUUUCUCGCCUCCGCCUCUGCCUCCACCGAACCAGCUCGGUCCCAAGACCAAACUCUUCUAUUGCUUCUCCGUCAGCGGAAGACAGAGGACGCCUGGGUUGCAUACAACGAGUCCCCUCAUCUCCCCAGUUCCACUUGUCUAAGCCGUUUGGUCUCUCAGCUAUCGUACCAAAACACCAGCACCGGCCUCACGCGCGCCCAGUCCAUCAUCACGCGCCUCCGUCAAGAGCGGCAGCUCCACCGUCUCGAUGCUAAUUCUCUUGGGCUUCUGGCAUCAGCGGCUGCCAAGGCUGGACACACCCGCUAUGCCACCUCGCUCAUCAAGUCCAUGCUUCGCUCCGGCUAUCUCCCCCAUGUAAAAUCUUGGAGCGCAGUCGUCAGCCGUCUUGCCAAUUCCGGCGACGACGGACCCGUUGAAGCAUUGAAGCUCUUCCGGUCGGUGACCCGCCGUGUUCGGCAGUUCUCCGACGCUGACUUGGUUGCUGAUUCGAAGCCGGAUACUGGUGCUUUCAAUGCUGUUCUUAACGCUUGUGCUAAUCUGGGGGACACUAAGAUGUUCCUCCAACUGUUCGAUGAAAUGCCUGAGCACAAUGCCGAGCCCGAUGUACUGAGUUAUAAUGUUAUGAUUAAGCUUUGCGCCAGAGUUGGUAGGAAAGACCUUCUGGUCUUUGUGCUGGAGAGAAUUCUAGAGAAGAAAAUCCCUUUGUGUAUGACUACAUUACAUUCUCUUGUUGCUGCUUAUGUUGGUUUUGAUGAUUUAGAAACUGCCGAGAGAAUUGUUCAAGCAAUGAGGGAAGGAAGGAGAGACCUUUGCAAGAUUUUAAGGGAGACAAGUGUAGAGAAUCCCAACAGAAAUGGGCAACAUGUGUUUGAGAAGUUGCUUCCGAAUUGUGUGACAGCAAGUGAUUCUGAGCCACCGUUACUGUCAAAACUAUAUGCUCCUAACACUAGAAUGUAUACAACUCUUAUGAAAGGUUAUAUGAAAGUAGGCCGGAUUAUGGAUACGGUUAGAAUGAUUGAAGCAAUGAGACAUGAAGAUGACACUGCUAGCCAUCCUGACCAUGUGACAUACACUACUCUCGUAUCUGCGUUUGUGAAUUCAGGGUCAAUGGACCGUGCUCGUCAAGUUCUGGCUGAGAUGACGAGAAUAGGUGUGCCUGCGAACAGGAUUACGUACAAUAUUCUUCUCAAGGGUUACUGCAAGCAAUUGCAGAUUGAUCAAGCAAAGGAGUUGCUUAAGGAUAUGGCUGAAGAGGCAGGGAUUGAGCCUGAUGUGGUUUCUUAUAACAUCUUGGUUGAUGGGUGUAUUCUGGUUGAUGACAGUGCUGGGGCACUUGUGUUUUUUAAUGAAAUGAGGGCAAAAGGAAUUGCCCCUACCAAGAUCAGCUACACCACUUUGAUGAAAGCUUUUGCCUUGUCGGGUCAGCCAAAGCUAGCUCACAAGGUGUUUGAUGAAAUGCUCAAUGACCCUCGAGUGAAAGUAGAUAUUAUUGCCUGGAAUAUGUUGGUUGAAGGGUAUUGUAGACUUGGGAUGAUUGAAGAAGCUAAGAAGCUAAUUGAGAGAAUGAAAGAAGAUGGUUUUCACCCCAAUGUAGCAACUUAUGGUAGUCUAGCUAAUGGGAUAGCAUUAGCUAGAAAACCAGGAGAUGCACUGUUACUUUGGAAUGAAGUGAAGGAGAGGCUUAAAGUGAAGGAAGGGGAUAAUCCAGAUCCCUCGUCGUUGUCUCCUUCUCCACCACAGCUGAAACCGGAUGAAGGGCUGUUGGAUACACUGGCUGAUAUAUGUGUUAGAGCUGCUUUCUUCAAGAAAGCUCUUGAGAUUGUGGCUUGCAUGGAAGAGAAUGGUAUACCUCCAAAUAAGACCAAAUACACUCGAAUUUACGUGGAGAUGCAUUCUAGGAUGUUUACAAGUAAGCAUGCCUCACAAGCCAGGCAAGAUAGGAGGAGGGAGAGGAAGAGAGCUGCUGAGGCUUUCAAGUUCUGGUUGGGUUUGCCUAACUCUUAUUAUGGGAGUGAAUGGAGAUUAGAAGCUAUAGAUGGAAAUCAGGGCUUUUCUGAUUAGGUAUUAACCUAAACCAUUUACUCUCUCUGCCAUUGUAUACUACACUUCUACUCUAUAUUGUAAGAAAAGGAGGACUAAAGUUAUUGUAUAUUCUCAAUACUAGAAACUUUGCUUCUUUAAAUUGGUUUGAUUAUGUAAAUGAGAUACAACUCUGUUUUCUAA